GCCGCAGGGAAGGGGCCGGGGGCGGCGCCCAGUGCUCUGCCGCAGCUGUCUCAGCUCCCCCUAACCUCCGAUUUCUGCAGGUCUGCGGGGCCCAGUGUCGCGGCGGCGCGAAUCCGGAGGAGGGGAAGAAGGCAAGGAUAGGCCCAGAAAAACAACCAGAAAAAAAUCUCAUCAUGGCAAAUAUCCAUCAGGAAAACGAAGAAAUGGAGCAGCCCGUGCAGAAUGGAGAGGAAGACCGCCCUUUGGGAGGAGGUGAAGGCCACCAGCCUGCAGGAAAUAAUAGACGGGCACAGGCCCGCCGACUUGCCCCUAAUUUUCGAUGGGCCAUACCCAAUAGGCAGAUCAAUGAUGGGAUGGGUGGAGAUGGAGACGAUAUGGAAAUGUUCAUGGAGGAGAUGAGAGAAAUCAGGAGAAAACUUAGGGAGCUGCAAUUGAGAAAUUGUCUGCGUAUUCUUAUGGGGGAGCUCUCUAAUCACCAUGACCAUCAUGAUGAAUUUUGCCUUAUGCCUUGACUUCUGCCAUUUUCCAUGAGAUUAAUACUGUGAUUCCCACUGUUUUCCUUUUCCUUGCAUUUUCCUGAUAAGCCUUUACUGAUCUGUUUGCUGUGAACCUUAUGUUAUUUCCAUGUCUCAAGUGGGUCUUGCGUUGCCAGCUUCUGACUGAAGAUUGCCUUUGCACCCAGCCUAAGUUUCUGUCAGCAGUAGAGUUUUACCCAUUUGCAUGGAAAAAUGUAAAGUUAAUAAAGCAGUUAAAAAGCAAUCUAAA